UUUCCGGUUUCCCCCAGCCCUCCCGCGCCCGGCCACCGGGCGAUCCUUAAAGCGGUGCGACAACUAUUGCAGGUUCUGAGCUGCGGAGACCGGGCGACCCGCUGCGACGCUUCCCCGGCGGGGACCGGCGCCCUCUGCCACCGAAUGCGCCCAGGACGCGGCCGCCGCCGGCCCGGGGCUACUGGCGGGGCCCGGCCAGUGCUGGCCGACUUUGCGCCACGAUGCUUUGUUUUCCUGCCACAGGAGCCGGAGGCGGUCUCUCUCCACCAGACUUAACCCGCCCGCGGCAAUAGCCAUGGAAGUUGCGGAGGCACAGAGAGAGAGGGGACCGUUCCGCGCGGCAUCUUUUUUGGAUGUUUUUUCUCUACACAGUUCGCUUCUUUCCUCCUUCUUGGGUGGCCGUUCCGGCAGCAGCACCCCCGGUGUGCCCGCCCAAGGGUGCCACUAACGGGCACUACACGGCCCCACGCCUCUCCAUCUCCUCCCGAGCCACGGUCGUAGCCAGAAUGGAAGGCGCCCCCCAGGGGGGCCUGCAGACCGUCAUGAAGUGGAAAACGGUCGUUGCGAUCUUUGUGGUCGUAGUGGUCUACCUCGUCACGGGCGGUCUGGUCUUCCGGGCGCUGGAACAGCCCUUCGAGAGCAGCCAGAAGAAUACCAUCGCCUUGGAGAAGGCAGAAUUCCUGCGAGACCAUGUCUGCGUGAGCCCACAGGAGCUGGAGACGCUGAUCCAGCAUGCCCUUGACGCUGACAAUGCAGGAGUAAGUCCGAUAGGAAACUCUUCCAACAACAGCAGUCACUGGGACCUUGGAAGUGCCUUUUUCUUUGCUGGAACUGUCAUCACCACCAUAGGGUAUGGGAAUAUUGCUCCAAGCACUGAAGGAGGCAAAAUCUUUUGUAUUUUAUAUGCCAUCUUUGGAAUUCCACUUUUUGGUUUCUUAUUGGCUGGAAUUGGAGACCAACUUGGAACCAUCUUUGGGAAAAGCAUUGCGAGAGUGGAGAAGGUCUUUCGAAAAAAGCAAGUGAGCCAGACCAAGAUCCGGGUCAUCUCAACCAUCCUGUUCAUCUUGGCCGGCUGUAUUGUAUUUGUGACGAUCCCUGCUGUCAUUUUCAAAUAUAUUGAGGGGUGGACUGCCCUGGAGUCCAUUUACUUUGUGGUGGUCACUCUCACCACAGUGGGCUUUGGUGAUUUUGUGGCAGGGGGAAACGCUGGCAUCAAUUACCGGGAGUGGUAUAAGCCCCUAGUGUGGUUUUGGAUCCUUGUUGGCCUUGCCUACUUUGCAGCUGUCCUCAGUAUGAUCGGAGAUUGGCUACGGGUUCUAUCUAAAAAGACAAAAGAAGAGGUCGGUGAAAUCAAGGCCCAUGCGGCCGAGUGGAAGGCCAAUGUGACGGCCGAGUUCCGGGAGACACGGCGGCGGCUCAGCGUGGAGAUCCACGACAAGUUGCAGCGGGCGGCCACCAUCCGCAGCAUGGAGCGCCGGCGCCUGGGCCUGGACCAGAGGGCCCACUCGCUGGACAUGCUGUCCCCUGAGAAGCGCUCCGUCUUCGCUGCCCUGGACACGGGCCGCUUCAAGGCCUCAUCCCAGGAGAGCAUCAACAACCGGCCCAACAACCUGCGCCUGAAGGGGUCAGAGCAGCUCAACAAACACGGGCAGGGCGCCUCCGAGGACAACAUCAUCAACAAGUUCGGGUCCACCUCCAAGCUCACCAAGAGGAAAAACAAGGACCUCAAAAAGACCUUGCCAGAGGACGUUCACAAAAUCUACAAGACCUUCAGGAAUUAUUCCCUGGAUGAAGAGAAGAAGGAGGAGGAGAAGGAGAAGAUGUGUAACUCGGACCACUCCAGCACGGCCAUGCUGACGGAGUGCAUCCAGCAGCAGGCCGGGAUGGAGAACGGGAUGGUCCCCACGGACACCAAAGACCAGGAACUCGAGAACAACGCGUUACUUGAAGACAGAAACUAAAUGCUACGGACUUUGGUCUUGACCAAGCAUUUUGUUUUUUAUAUUCACCCUGAGACACGUGCCUUAAACAGACUUCUUGUUAGUCCGAAAUUACAUAGCAUCGAAGAAUAUAUUUCACUGUGCCAUAAACUUACUGAGACAGAUUGCUCUGCCAAAAGGAAUCAAAGAACAAGGACCGCACUUCUGACAGUGACCGAGGGACACUGGGGGAGUGUUCGCACACGUAGGAGGUUGUGGCCGCAAAACGCAAAGGGUGUGUUGGGAUGGUGCUUGCACCCUGGUGCAGUGGCAUCUGGCCCCAGCAUGUAGAAAAGGGCAGCUAUUACUUAGACCAGCCUUCUGAAAGGAACAGGUGUGUCUCCUAAGGGGAGUCUCAUUUUCUGAACCUAUCAAUAGAGAUAUGUGCACGCACAGGAGGGGACCAGAUGGGGGGUGAUUGAGUACCGGCAGGGAGGGUCUGAGUUGACAUUCUGGCGUGUCGCUCCAAGCUUGAGUGUUGCUACAAACCCUUCAGGACACACCUACUCUUUCUAAGCUCCAAAUGAAUGUCCAUGGGACCCGAGAGCACGUGGAAUUUGUUAGAAAACAGAUCAGAGCACACGUAUUUAAAGGUGCAAUUGCUUUUCCUCAUCACAAAAGAAAAAAAAUCACAAAUGCAUCACACUGUGGAAUCCCACCUUAACCAAUGACAGAAGCCUAUGGAAUUGUGUCUUUUCGACGAACGAAGACAAAAGUGAACUUGUGAGCCUCGGUGAAGACUCGGCCUCAUUUGCUGCAUGGUUAUGAGCAAAAAAUCAUGCAUUUUCCUCAGUGGGUGCAGUGGUGAAAAUAAACUGGUUUUGAAACGUUCAUGUUCACUUUUCUAGUGGAACUUCAGUCAUAAGUUGUUUUGAUAAGAGGGGGAAAAAUACCAAAACAAUUGCCUUGCAUGAUGCCAGUGGCUUGCUGUUCUGUCUAGCUGAUCCUACAUUUUUUAUAAAAAUAGACAUCCUGCAUGUCUGAGACAUACCAAGGAGGACCAUGGCAUCAUUCCAUCUCAGGGCUUUUUGUCCCUUUGGGUGUCUUAAGGUAGACAUAGUGGCGAGGUCCAGUCUUGCUAUCUCCAAACAAAAGAAAGAUACCCCCAACCAAUUCUUGUACACAAAGAUUGAAUUGUUUUAAAAUUGCUUGCAGCUUAAGUGCCAUUAAUGCCAUUUAAAAAUAAUGCUUAAAAGAAAUAUUUACAACAUUCCACUUUUAUGUUUGGGUGUUCCUUAUUUUGAAAGCAUCCCUUCUUUUCCUUGCUUGUUUCUUUAUCCACACCUGCUACUCACUAAAGUUGGAACCCCAGUGUGAUCGACGGUUUCAAGGCAAACAAUAGCAAUCCAUGAUUGUUCCGUGAGGUUAAAAUGGUCUGUGAGGGAAAAUGGAGGAGUAGCUAGUCAUAGGUUUUGAGAAGAUUCUAAAUGGAUUUUUUUUUUUUAAAUCAGAAAGGGCAAAAUAUGCGCUAGGCUCACCAUCUUGUGUGUGCCUCAGCCUUUUGCAUAACUGGCUGGCCAUUCACACUUAACGAUGUGGACCACACUCUGAAGCCUUUGGACCGGUGACCCCAGGAGGUUGCUGGGUACGGCCCUCCCAGGUUCAGCGCCGCCUGCUGGGGGCACUUCACACAACUAACACACAAAGUGGAUUUAUCAAGAGCUCCCAGGACUAGCGGAGACUUCCCAAAACCGUCUAAUGCUUUCUGACUUCUGGGGAAAAUUAUACCCAUCACACCCUUGCCCACCGGUACCAGGGCAGAUCUCUUCCUGCCCAUCUCCCCAAAAUGCCUGGACCAUAUGUAGCUCCCCUUUCCCCCUGCCCCAAACUUUUGGGCUCUAGCUAAAGUUCUGGCAGUGGCUUUGGGAAGGAGCCAAAGAAGAAUCAACUUUCAUGAAGCCCUUCCCGUCCCACGGUAGAUUUGGUUUAAGGCCACCACUUGGCUGGAGCUGUGGCUCACUGGUGACAUCCUGUGUCCACAUAUUAAGAGACACAGGAAACGACGCUUAUGCUGCUGUGGGCAUUGACUCUUACUGGGAGAGUCGUACUAGCCUGGAAAAUGUGUUUUCCUUGGUGGAUAACUUGGACUUUCUUGUUUCACCAAGUUAAAACCUUCCUGAUUAAACUAUCUAUUGAUCCACCCUGUAUUACUUGUGACCUUCUUUAUAGUAGUGUGUUAAAAAUUCUCGGCCCUACAGACAAAUCCGGCAAAGAGGCUUCCCUGUUGUUUCUGUGGGCCAGGCACUAGGUUCAGGCACUUUAUGGGUGUUAAUUGCUCACUGAAACCUCACAGGAACACUGUGCCAGAAGCGGUUGUAAACCCAUUAUACAGAUGAGGACACAGAAGCUCAGGGAAGCUAAGUAAUUUACCUAAGGGCACACAGCAAGAAGGUGGUAGAGCUGGUAUUCAAAGGCUGUCUGACCAAAGUCUGCUUUUGACUUUGCUAUAGCGUCCAUGUCAUGCCCUCUUGUGUGUGUGUGUGUGUGUGUGUGUGUGUGUGUGUGUGUGUGUCUGCGUGUCUUUCCAGUUCAUGGACAUGGCAUACAGAGGUGGGGAGAAGAUCUCUAUUACCAAGAGGGUACGAGGUCUUUGUGGAAACAUGACCUAGCGUGUAACCCUUGCAGCUAUGUAUACUUUAGUUUGGUCUGGGUUUUGGGGAAGGCUGUAUGUGACAUCCGUUCUGUAUUGUUAAAAAUGCCCUUUGAAAGCACUCUUUUGCACUUUACUUGCUUACCUUGCAGGAACCCCAUAUACAGCAGGAAUAAAACAAUUCAAAGCACUAAGCUGCACAUUCUACCAAAUGGAACAGGUGUUGUGUGUGCUUCCCUAAAUGAGCCAAAUCGCAGUCAUACAGAGGGAUCACAAAUAGCGCUUGGCCGAGAGUGGGGAAAUCUCCAAUAGAACCUGUUCCCUGAGUACAGAGGGGACAAAGCCCUGAGGAAUAUAAUCAAAGAAGAGCCCUCCCUCUGUGGAGACUUAUUUAUUAAAUCUGCGGGCAGUGUCAGACACUGUAACAUAGUCUCCAAAGGAGUUGCUGAGAGGAAAUAAGAGCUUGGACUCCUCUCAGUGUGUACAAGCCAAGAUUUGGGGGGAGGCUAGUUGUCGUGAAGCUGUUUGAAUGUUACCCUUGUAAGAUGGGGCCACAUAGCAUGUAGCAAAGCUGCUACAAAUUCUAAACACACAUCAGCACAGCCCUGCCCUUCCAACCUGUGCUCCCCACCCCAUCAUAAACCUGGAAUAAAUGCCUCGGUUUUGCACACGGGAAGAGCACAUGCUCGGUAUCUUCAGUGGGUGGUGUCUUUUGCUUCUUCUGGUAACUGAGUACAGAUUUUUUCCUUCCCUAACAGAUCUGGAGGUUUACUGGUGACAGCAGAGGGACGGUUUGGAGACUAGAGCUCCAAAUCCACUCUUCACCCAAUAGUGAACUCGAGGAACUUCUGACUUUUGGGGUCGGGCCCUAAUGUGUGUGUCAGUAGGGGUGUCCCUGGCCUGCAGGUGGGGUGACUGGGACUAUUGGUCUGUGCUCCCCUGCCCCAGCCUGUGACUGUGGGCAACUCAGUCCCUGCGGUUCCAUCUGCACAUGGACGGAACUAAACAUACAUAAUCAUUGAGGUCCCUUUUAGUUCUGCAGUAUUCUGACCAAGCAUCCCCUAGUCCAUGAGUUUGUUAAAUUUAUUAAGAACCGUUUUAGAUGGGUUUGUAAAUACUGACUAAAGGACCCCUUCAUUUUAGGCUAAGAGAAGAGCUUAGUCUCCUGCCCUUUUGGGAUUUGUUUUCUGGGUAAUUGAUGGAGACCAGAUGGAUUUGGGAGCCUGGUGUCCAAAUUAGAAUCAUGCCCUGUGUAGGCUCACUGUCCUCCCUUACAGCAUGCUGUCACCCGGAGGGCUCAAGCUAUGUGGGCAUUUCUUGCAUGGCGUUAAGACUAUUUAAAGAAUUUUAAGCUGUUGCUAUUUGCAGUGAAUUGUGGUAAAAGUUCCCUUUGAUUUGUUUAUUUCAUGAAUUCAUAUACUAUACACAGAUAUCUGUCUCUCUCUCUCUCUCUCUCUCUGUGUCCCCCCCCCCCCACACGCACGCACACACUGGAAAUGGCUGCUUUGGGUUCUAGGGGGGACCAUUCCAUGUUGAAAGUCCUAGUUGCACUAACCAUUAGCAAACCACCUCCUUCCUCCCUCUGAGAGGAUAUCAUUUCCUGGUGAGUCAAUGCUGCUCAUCGAUAUGUGUGUUUGGUUUGGGGAAUUAGUGAGAAUGUGGCCAGAAUUUGGGUAGAGUAGACUUACAGUAAUUGGAUUGGGUAAGAAUGUAGACCAUCCAAUGUAUACCAUGGUUUCUGGACCGUAGGAAAGGCAUAAGAAAAUAGGAGAGACUCUUUUAGAAAGUGAGGAAGAAAUCAGUAUUGCAUUUCUUGUCUUGGCUUUCUGUAGCCUGCUAAUGUUUCAAGUGGAGGUUAUUAUUUCUCUGAUAACGCACCUGUGUGCAAAGACGGUGGCUAUGUCAGCAGAGGGAACUUUGAUCGGUAUAGUGUAAGAGCUAGUUAGCAAUGGCCUUAAAAAAUAAAGAUGGAGAUUCUCUGAAACAAAGGUGACUUUAAUUCGGCCUUGUAGAUGCUGUAUUCUGCACAUGGAAACUUUGGGAUAGCCUGUUGAUGACAUGGCUGUAAAUAAAGCCCUUCACUCUGUUUUUGCAUAAUAAACCACCUGCAUUUUACUUCACCAACUUGCCUGCAAUCCAUGUGAACCUCAGUCCUCCUGUGGCAGUCCCCAGGUCACAUGACAUCAGCACAGUGGCAUUGAGGAGAAAUAAGAAGUGUCUCUGAUUUACUGAAAGUGUUCAUCAUUUUCACAGGUGCCUAAGAGAUUUGAAAUCUACCUUCAGUUCUUGGUUCUUAAGUGAAAAAUCUCUCAUAGUUCCCUGUGCAUUAAAAACCAAAUCCUUGAGAGGACUCCGCUCCCUCAACAGUGUAGCAGACCUGUGGAGGGCACCUGGAAAACCUCUCCUUUGCCAUCAGGUGCCGAGCUUGAAGGGGGAAAGGUGCUGUGGUGCCCAGAAGCGAUAUGCAAACCAAUCCACAUGCCAGCCUCCAGCCUCUCCUGUCCCAAACUCACAGGCCGGGGACCCAGUGAUGACGAAAACACUUGUGUGGAGGUGUUUUACCUAUUUUUCUCUCUGUAGGAUUUCAUGGUGCUUUAAAAAAAAAAAAAGCAUUUUA